UGUUUAGGUGGCAUUAAAAAAUAUAUAUUCAAAAUCACUUGUACCACAUAGUACCUCGUUAAUCUUAGCCAUAAAAUGGGAGGGUCAGCAUCAUUCACAUCAGGAGAGAGAGAAAGAGAGAGAGAGAGAGAGAUGGGGGAGUGUCAUCAUUCAGUGUUUGGUUUUUUUUCCGUCGCGGUAGAGCUCCUCUAUGAAUCCUGGAAAUUAUGUUUUGAAAAGAGUAAUAAAUACAGUGAACGGAUACCGAAGAAAACUAUUCGACUCAUGACACUGAUUCCUCUGUCGACUUAAGAAUUAGUCCCAGAUCUCCAUGUUUGCCUGACCUGACACCUGACCAGCGGGAGACUACUGAUUUUUGCUACAAAAUGAUGGUGAUAUGGGUUGUUGAUUCUAAAUGACAUAACAUUAAUGGCUUGAAAGAAGAUGGCAAUGCCUCAUGCAAUGAACACCAUUUUCCAUUUUUCCAUUUGCCAUUCGGGAGGUAUUCUAAUGGACCUAGAAUCCAAGGCUGUGUAGGUGUGGAUUUGUCUUUGACAUCAUGGGUUGUGGAGGCUCCAGGACAGAUGUGUUGGAGCCAAGAUAUAUGGAGAGCUGGACCAAAGAGACAGAGUCCACUUGGCUGACCAGCACAGAUACAGAUAUACCCCUGUCCUCCAUCCAUAGCAUCCCCUCAGAAAACUCUUCAGAGGUGGGCUUCCCAUCAGAGAAAACUGCCAACCUUGAUCUCUUUGAUGAUGGCCUGCCUGCUCCGGCUCAGGCAUAUCUGAAAGUGUGUUCUGCCAUGUCUGAGGUGGGACUGAAUGACAUGAAAACCGGCACCAACCCUGCAAUACUCUCUUCUCAAGAGCAGGAAGUGUUGUCUUCUUCUGCUACCACAGUGCAAAGGAGAAGUGUGUUGCGAACUGAGGAAAUUACCAAAUGGCAGGACAACAGGAUGUCCACCAAGCAAGUGACCAUCACUGUGACUCAAAGUAUACGGCAGGUGGACAAGAGCGGGAAGAUCAAGGAGACAUCGCAAACCACCUAUGAGGUCAUGAAACCGGUGGAUGGUCUGAUGGACUCAGCACUUGACUCAGUGCCUCAAUGAGGUGGAUAAGCAAAAACUCGUGAAGAUGUCAUGGACCAAAGAAGUAAAAAGCAGGGAUGACCUAAAAUGAAGAAGUUCAUCAGUGCUUAAUCAGUGAUUAACGGCUUUCAUACAAGGGUCAAAGAAUUGUUUGUUUCAUCAUUCAGUUACAUUCGACUUCUUUAAUAAUGUCUAUUUUUAUGUACAUCUUUUCUCUGUAAUGUCUUUGUCAUAAUGUUCUUUAAUGUCUUUCAUUUUCUGAUGCCAACAAAUAUAAUCUUAGUAAAAGCAUCUACUGUACAUACACUCAAAGCACAGGAUAGAUUGAGCAGGCAAUUGAGAGGUCAGCCUACUGAAUGAUUUUGUGAAAUAUUUAAAUCAUUUAAAAACAUAGGAACAACACAAGUGUUUUUAAAGAAGUUUUUCGAAGUUGAUGGAUUGUUUCAAUGUUGAUUUUGGAUUUGAAAAUCAGGGCUCUUUUGUACAUCCCAUACACUUACUACCACACUAAUGUUGCCUUUUUAUGACAGUUAUGCUUUUUUUUUUUAAUUUUUGAGGUACAAGUGCAAACAUUUGUUCAAAACCUAAUUACAGUUUCUGUAGCAAGCUAGCACUACUGUGAAACAGGUCGUGUGCAAGAAUAAGAAGCUCCGUUCCAUUAUUCCAAUACUGUUUAAUACAUCGCUGCUUUACUGACUGGAAGAUGCUACUGUAUUUACUGAGUUAUUAAAUAUUUAUUGUGGUAAA